CUGGCUGCGGCGUCCUACGGCGUCUUCGUGCCUCGGGACUUCCGUUCCGAGACUGGAAACGGUCGAGUGGGAAGGAAAGCUUCGAUUCUAAAAUUAGCCGCGCGUUUGGUGCUUGUAACAAACCAACCGAGGCACAAUUCGACGCGUUCUGAUUAAUUUGUCCGAGCCCAACAGCAGUUGACAAGCGAUCGGAAGAGGUGGACUCCCGCUUCAAGAAGGCGCCCCGACGUGCACGUCGUCAACCAGCCGAGGCUUUCUCUAGUCGCUCUACAUCUAUGCUCCGGACGCUCAAUAUGACGUCAGCGUCGAUGUCGCAAACGAGAAGAAAUUGGCGUAGAAGAAGACGGCGGGCGGAAGUUGUUAGCAUUCGGAGCUUCUGAAGCCACAUUUCGGCCAAGCAAAAUGCUCUUUCUUUAUCGCAUAUUAAGGGCGCGAGUUUGUUUGAUUUCGAACUCCAUCAAUACCACGUGUAUUGCUUCCGCGCGACGCGGUGCCCUUUGGGGCGCGUCUGGUUUUGGCCGGCCGAGGGGAAAUCAUCUCCAUGCUGUUAAAAGGUCACCUCUUUUCCUGAAACCCAAGGCACUGUCUCACACUCCAUCGUCUUUUCUCUCUACCGGGGCCCAAUCUGAAGACGGCAACCUUAUUUACACAGGCAGUUUGGCAACUGCAGUUCGCGGGGUGAAAUUCUUCUCUUAUAGCACCAGUGGAGCCAGUCUCUGUCUCAUGCCGCAGAUCCUCCUGAAAAGCGGCCUCGGAGUGCAGAGCCCGGCCCUGCAAGUGGCCUUCUGCGGCAUCGUUGGCUUCUUCACCUUCCUCACUCCCGCGCUCCUGCACCUGUUCACCAAGGGUUACGUCAUCCGCCUGUACCACAACCCCGAGCGGGACACCUACGCCGCCGUGACCUACAGCCUCCUCCUAACUGAGCGAAGGACGCUUUUUCAUCAGAAGCAGGUCAGAAUACCGGAGGUGAGCAAGAUGUUCACCACCUUCUACGCCAACGACACGGGGCUGCUGGUGAACCCGGACAUGUUCCGCCUCCCUCAGGAUUACAACCACCUCAUGGGCUACGACAAGCCCUUCACCUUCCCGACACCUCAUCCGGACAGGCCGUGAUCUCCGCGACUGUUGUUGUUUCAGCUCAAUCGCUCUGAUCACUUGUACACGCUUCCCAAAUUUUUACGCAGCUGCUCUUUUUGUUACAGCAAAUAUAUAAGCAAAAACAAACG